UGCAGGGAACAAAUUUGAUGAUGAUGUGCCAGAUGAAGACGAACUUAUAAUAAUGGGAAAUGUAGAUUAUUUUCAUGAUGAUGAUGAUGACAAAGAAGUUACACCCGAUAAACCUAGGAGUCGAAAACCAUCACAAUUUUUAUGCACUCCUUACACCGAGUUGCACACGACACCGAAACAAAAAAGAAGAACAAAAAAGAAGGUUGGUAUGAAAUCAACAAGCCCCGUUCCUCCUCCAGUUUUUGGUGUUGCUCAUGACUUCUCCAUGUUGCGCCUGCAACCUUACGUAGCAGGCGGUGAGGAUGUCAUCCAAAAUUAUGUAUUGCAUUCAUACGAUGUGCAGCAUCGUUUGUUUAAUUUCGUGUUAGAUAGAGAUUUUUGGAGCUCAUUGUUUGGGCAUACACACGACGGAUGGUUGGAGUCAGCGGUAAAUAAAUUGUUAAUUAAUUCUUUUAAAAGUUAA